AUGGAUGACUUGAACACAAUAGUGGAGCCUAUUAGUACACUUUAGAAAAUUUCAUUUGGAGAGAAGUUUGCUGAAUAUUAGGUGUUAAGAUGUAAUCAUCCAGGGUUCUUACCAUUGAUAAUACAAAUAGAAGCAUUGAUAACUGGAGGAUGUUAGAUGUGGUUUAAGAUGUAUUUGCAUUAAGAUAUUCUUGUUGGACAUUUAAGAGAUUUCUUAAGAAAGAUGCUUCAAAAUAGAUUUGCCAAUAUUGCUUAAUAUAAAGACAAUAUUGCACUUGUAGUUGGUGAUUUCAUUAUCAUUAAAUGUAUGGUUUAUAUAUUUACUAAUUAUUCAGUUGAUGUACCUUUAAAUGAUAUAUAUUAAAAGAAAGUUGAUAAAGAUGGAUGGUUAUAUAUAUCAAUUGCAUAUGAUUACUAAAAAUGA